AUGCGCACGACUGUUGAAUCAGAUUGUUGCUUGGUUUCGGUGAUCGGUGUUGAUAAGACAUCGAUUACCAGCAAUGAGACUGAGAUUCUCCUGAAUUCGCAGACCGAUCAUGAAUCGUGUUCUCCUUCGGUACAGUCAUCUAGUUGCUGUUCCACAACACAUCUUUCACAGGAGUGUCCUCCUCCUCAUAAUAGCACUUGUCAUACCAAUGAAGAAAAAAGCAAAUGCAAGGAUAAUGUUGGAAAGUCUAUUAGAUUUUCUGGUGUUACUGUGUAUUCGUUCGCACGUCAACAAGGCUUUUCAUCGAUUCCUGACAAUGGCUGGUGCACUCUUGGUAUGGCGCAAAAACACUUUAGUGUUUCUCGGCUAGAUCUUCGGCAGCAUAGAAUUUUACAGAAACUCCGACGCAGACAACAAAAACUGUUCUCCCAAAAAUGUCAGUUUGUCGCCAAUAUAUCUGGUCGCGGACGUGGCAAGAAUAAGAUUAGAGGAAAAGGUAAGCGUGCAAAUGGACUAUGUAGUCGUAGUCCCGGUGAUUCAUGUCGUGUACCAAUUUUGUCACCACCUCCACUACUGUCUCCGCAAAUCAGUUACGACAAGGUUAAUUCUGUCGAUCAAACAGACAACGCUAUUCUUAGUUCUCACGCUACUCCUCCUCCACCUUGUUUGUCCCCUCCUUCACCAAGAAGGUUUCUCCACACUUUGGAUGAAUCUUUAGUCAACAACAAUAUAUGCAACUCACUUGAUUCUUUGGAUACAGACUCUGAAGCUUCUCUUGAUUAUGUUCCUUCUGUAAACUCAUCUAAACGUACACAAAAUAAUUCGCGAGAAAAGUUGAUGCCUAUACACUCAGCUGCAAGAAUAAGACUUUUGAGAUCAUCCGGUGUUGUGGAAAUUGAUGAAUCCGAACGUCUUGUGUGUUCGUUUAUACGGGCUAUGCGCUCCCGUGUUGGUUGCAACUGUGGUCCGAAGAAUUCAUGUAUACCUGGUCAAUGCUCAUGCGCAGAUGAUGGAAUUCCUUGUCAGGUUGAUCGAGCAUCCUUUCCUUGUUCUUGUGCAGCCAACGGUUGUCGCAACCCAAAUGGUCGUAAUGAGUUCUCUCGUGAACAAGUCCGUACACAUACUCAACAUGUAUUGGCACGUUUGGCCAGUGAUAAUUCUGUUCAGCCUGUUAAAUCCCCACUGGAUAUGUCAGAAGCAGUGCUUAGUACUCCGAACGGUGCUUGUUCACUCUGUUUAGACUGUUCCAAAACAAUGACAAUGUCACCAAAUAGUCCUAUUUCUUCGUCCGGUAAUAAAUAUUCUGAACCAGCCCAACAAUUGAACUUAUCUUUGGACAAUCAGUUUCUUUCAACUUCAUGUACAGAUGUAACACACAUAAAGGACUACAAUAUAUCUCCUAUAGAUAUAACCGAAGAUAAUUGGUCGGAUCAUAGUCCAUGUUCCAAGCCUUUGAAAAGAAGUCGUUUAGUUUCAAAUCAUAAUAACAGUGCUGAUAAUCAAGUUGUACAAAAUUCUGUCGUCCCAUCUCUUAGCUUUUCUGGCUCUCCAUUGAUAAUCGAUCUAACGUUGUCACCAGAUGAAGAAUCACCCAAUAACACUCCAAAAUCUACUCGUGAUCGGAAUCGAUUGACAAAUAACGAACAAACACCCCUUAGUAAACAAUCAGGUCCGAUGUAUAUUCCAAAAGUUCCACUUACAGAAUGUGCUUCACAGGAUGAUAAUUAUAUUACAACUAGUGAUAUUCCUGAAGCACCUAGAUCAUGUUUUACAACUGGAAUUUCAAAUGAUGAUUCAUUAUUGGAUAUUUCAGUAAUUAAUAACAAUGAUAAUAAUAUCAAUAAGGAUUCUCAAUCUGUGACAAUAAUCAUUCAUCGACGAAGAUCACGUUCAGCUGAUACCACAGGAUCAUGUGACGGUGAUAAUUUUCCAAUGGAGAUGAGAAAUAAUCAUCCAAAAAAUGUUGAUAGCAUUCUUAAGCAUAUCUUAACAGUAGAUCCUGUUGUUUGCGAUGUGACUAAGUCCAGUUCAAGUGUUAAGCAAUUAUCUGAAGUCCCCAAUGAGUUUGAAUAUGCGAAAUCAAAUACUUGUUGGCCUGUUACUUCUAUUAUGAAUGCCGAUAAUAAAGAUUGUCUUUUGUCAAAAUCAGCACCAAAUAGUCCAUGUUUACAAAAAAAUGAUUUUCCAUAUGGUAGAAUAUCUUUACGUCGUCGUGCUAUUCCACGUACUCCAAUAAUAACACCAUCUAGAAAAGUAUUAAUACAAUCUAAUAAUCGUUUUCAUAAAAAAUUUAAUUUAUUAUCAACUUCUAGAAAUAAAUCGAAUGUAUCGAAUACUGAUAAUCUAUCAACAUCUAAUUUACAGUCUUGUUAUAAUGAUAAUACUAGUAGUAGUAACAGCAGCUGCUGCAACAGCAAUAA